AUGGACGAACUUAAGGACAUUCUUCGCGAGUACGUCAAGCGUAACCAGAUGCUGGAGAGUUCCAAUGAGCAACUUCGGGAAAAGUUGCUUGAACAAGAGAAAUUGCACAAAGUUUACAUCGAUGAUUUGAGCAACAUGAAAACGUGUUUGGGAGGUCUGCAGGAUGCGCUCAUGAAGUGUCGUGCAAACAUUCUCAGCCACGAGAUGACAGACAAAUCAAGGAUCAUCGGUGGUGUUCAAACAAGAAACGAUCCACGAAAUGGCACCACAAUGGAGUUGGUGUCUCUACAAGCACAGCUGGAAGUAUGUAAAACCGAUUUAGCCGAACAACGUAACGCCUAUCAGGAGCUUUUGAUCGAGAAGAACCGAAUCACAGCCGAGAUGCAAACACUGCUGCAGAAGAAUCAUCAACUAUCGAUGGACCACGCACAAAACAGCAGAGUAAACCCAUCCUCACCUCGCCAAACCAUCCGUGCGACGAAAACGGAUGGAAUGAAGCUGUACGGCACAUCGCCCGGAGUCUUUGAACGGCAGAUCGAACCUUGCCCUCACUGUAACAACGUAUUCGGGGAUUUUCUUACGUUGGAAACACACAUCAAAGAUUGUCCGGGACUCGACUACUAA